AUGAGGAAGUUGUGCCCCAACCUAGACCGGGAGGAUGGCCUCGACACCGUCCUGGAGGUGCCUCUCCCCGAGCUCCAGGACACGGCGGCCACGGCAUUCAGCGGCGUCCGGCGCCGGCGUCGCAGCGGCACCGUAAAGGCGUGGAUGCGCUCACACGCCGCUGACCAACAACACCGCCGCCGCGAGCCUUCACGCGCCGACGUGCAGAUCAUGCUCGGCGUUAUGGGCGCGCCGCUGGUGCCUCAGCCCGUGGAGGCCCGAAAGGCCAUGGCCGCCGGACACGACAUCAAGGAGGAGCCCCUCGAGGUGUCGAAGGCGAGGUACGUGAUGGAGCAGUACGUGGCGGCGGCGGGGGGCGAGGCGGCUCUCGGCGCGGCCACGAGCAUGUACGCGAUGGGGAACGUCCGGAUGAGUACUACAACAUCCAGCAACAAGGGUGGCAGGGCAGCAAAGAAAAGCGUUGGGGAGGUGUCCGGAGGCUUUGUGGUGUGGCAGAAGAAGCCGGAGCUGUGGUGCGUGGAGAUGGUGGUUUCCGGUGGCACCAAGCUGAGCGCCGGCAGCGACGGCAAGGUCGCCUGGCGCCAGACGCCCUGGCAGCAGGCCCACGCCUCCCGUGGCCCUCCGCGGCCCAUCCGCAGAUGCGUUCAGGGUUUGGACCCAAAAUCGACGGCGGACCUCUUCUCGAGCGCGGCAUGGGUCGGCGAGGAAUCCGUGGACGGGGAGGACUGCUUCGUGCUCCGCGUCGACGCCGACCGCUCCGCGCUAGACGCGCGGAGCAGCGACGACGUGGAGGUGGUCCGGCACGCGCUGUGGGGGUACUUCAGCCAGAGGACGGGGCUGCUCGUCCGGCUCGAGGACACCCACCUGCUGCGCGUGCCCACGGAGAUCAGCAGCGCUUCUGAGAUUCAGAACUUGUACUGGGAGACCACCAUGGAGUCCUCCAUCGGCGACUACCGGGCCGUGGACGGCAUCAACAUCGCGCACGCCGGCCGCACCGUCGUCUCGCUGUCCCGUUUCACGGGCGACGCCGAGGCGGCCGGGAGGAAGAUGAGGCCGUGCACCACGACCAUGGAGGAGACGUGGAGUAUCGAGGAGGUGGACUUCAACGUGGCCGGGCUGUCCAGGGAAUGCUUCUUGCCUCCCAGGGACCUACUUGUCAGCAGUUCCAAACAGCAGCAGCAGAAGAAGAAGAAGGACAAUGCCGCCGAAGCUGCUUUGUGUGCAAAGAGUGUCGUCAAGGCAAAGAAGGCGCUUGUUCCGGCCGUGACUGGACUAGGUUGGUUCGGUCCGGCCAAGGUUGUCGCGGUUGAUGACGUGGACGCCGCCGAUGAUUCCAAAGACUCAACGCGCGCAUCCACAAGAUAGGAUGGAGGAGCCGUUGUAUGAUGAUAUGUUUAUUUACUAGCUAGAUCAGGAGGUGCGUCUCACCGCGCCCAUCGGUAAAAAAUGUAUGUUUGCAUGUACUUUGCAUUUUGCCUUCGAACAUGCAAAACAUUAGAACUGAACAUCACAAGAAACGUGUCAAAGUGUCAAGACAUAUACUAACAUGACGUGAUCGAAGACAGGAAAAUUUUGGGUGACAUAUAUAGUAACAUGUACUUUGGAGGAGGAGGUUUAUAUGCCGCAGCUGCCUGGUUUUGUU